UAUUUCCUUCUAUCUACUCGAGAGAAAAUUGAGAGAACAUUCACUCGACCAGCAUGGAAGGGAAGAUUGCAGAAACUGUGUUUACUUUUUCUGUUGAGGGAAUACUGUCGAAGGUGGCGUCACUUGCUGCUCAAGAACUGAGUCUUGCGUGGGGUUUCAAAGCUGAACUCAAACGGCUUCGCGAGUCAUUACUCACCAUUCAAGAUUUCUUGGGAGCUGUUUCCGGAGCUGUUUCCGACCAACCACAAGAUCGGGUCAAGGCGGUGGAGGAGUGGGUGAUGAAGCUUAAGGGCAUAGCUCAAGAUGCUGAAGAUGUGAUGGAUGAGUUCGACUACGAAGUUGUUCGCCGUAAAGUUGAACUCCAAAAUCAUAUGAAGAAAAAGGUACUCAACUUCUUUUCACUCUCCAAUCCACUUGCAUUUCGUUUGAAGAUGGCACAUAAAAUUCAGAAGAUCAACCAGUCCUUGUUAUAUCUCAAGAGGGAUGCAUCUUUCAUCGGUCUAGUUUCCAAGAGUAAAGAUGCAAUCCCUCAGGAAUCUAGAUGGGACAGACAAACCAACUCACUCAUUGGCAGAGACGAAAUAACCGUUGGAAGGGAAGAGGUUGUGUCAGAAAUAGUCGCAACCUUGACCGACUCCCAAAGCAACCAAGAAAAUCUUGCGGUUAUGCCCAUCGUGGGAAUGGGAGGUCUCGGCAAGACAACAUUGGCCAAGUCAGUUUACAAUGAGGAUUCGAUACUCAAGUUCUUUGAAAAGAGAAUAUGGGUUUGUGUAUCGGACACAUUUGAGGUCAAUUUAAUUCUACUCAAGAUGUUAGAACAACUUAAACCGGCAAAUGCCCCUUCUUCGAAAGAUAACCAGGAAGCUCUGCUUAAGUUCCUUAAAGACGAGUUGAAAGAUAAAAGAUACUUACUCGUGCUUGAUGAUGUUUGGAACGAAGAUCCCAUAAAAUGGGAGAAUUUGAUGGAAUGUUUCUCAAAGCUUCAUUCUGCUGGGGGGUCCAAGAUUAUUGUCACGACUCGUAGUAGCAAAGUUGCAUCGAUCUCCGAAAAGCUACUUCAACGACAUGAAUUGGGAAAGCUUUCUGUAGAUGAAUGUUGGUCCAUCAUGAAAAAUAGAGCGUUCCCCAAUAGUAAUGCUCAUAUAGCUCCAGAGUUCCAUACAGUUGGAAAGGAGAUUGCUAAAAAUUGUGGUGGCGUUCCAUUGGUGGCAAAGGUGCGUAUUAUUAUUAUAUAUUAUAACAUGAAAUUUGCACCUUUAUUAUUAUUAUUUUCAUGUUUUCGUUUAUAAAUUAGUACUUGUAUCCACCACAUGAGUUCACCACCUUACCCACGCCAUGAAAAAUUCAAUUUACAUAAAUUCGUCUCCGAUAGUGUGUAAAAACUUUACCAAAAACAAACCGAUCUAGUUAGAAUCAAUUAAAAUAGUAAUUGGAUGAAUUAUCUCUUCUUUUUUUCUUUUUUUUGACUCACGUCAUGUAGGUAUUUGUUACGUCAUUCAUUGUCUAAAUUGUUUUAAGACACCUUUGAGAGUUUAAAACUGGGGUAUUUUUCAUUUAUUACUGUUAAAUUUUGCAA